GACUGUGCUGGGAUGGACUGUGCUGGGGGCAGCCGUGCCGUGAGGGGCCGUGCCGGGGGAGGCCGUGCCGGGAUGGGCCGUGCCGGGAGGGCUGUCCCCGGCGCCCUGCGGGGGAGCAGCUUCAGGCCGGACGCUUCACCGGAACGCAAGCGCUGUGUAAACUGUGCUGCUCUGCAGCGUGGCCCGUGAGAAGUAGCGGAAUGACGAUCGUUUCAGACGCUGUUUUGUUUUUUUCAGAUGCUGAAAGGACUGUUAAUUAUACAUGAUUGAUGAAAUCAGAGAAACUAAAGAAUGCCAACUAAAAGAUCCCAUGGAUUUGUUUCAUUCUGGGCAAGUUGUAAAAAUAUGUGCUCCUAUGGUCCGCUAUUCAAAGCUGGCUUUCAGAACCUUGGUUAGGAAGUACAGUUGUGAUUUGUGUUACACACCAAUGAUAGUGGCAGCUGAUUUUGUGAGAUCUGCAAAAGCCAGAGACAGCGAAUUCACAACAAACAAAGGUGAUCACCCACUGAUUGUUCAGUUUGCUGCUAAAGAAGCACAGGUUUUGUGCGAUGCUGCCCGUAUCAUCUGUCCUUUUGCAGAUGGAAUAGACCUAAACUGUGGCUGUCCUCAGAGAUGGGCGAUUUCAGAAGGUUAUGGUGCUUGCUUAAUAAAUAAACCUGAGCUUGUUAAAGAUAUGGUGAGACAUGUAUGGAGUCAGAUCGACAACCCUAAAUUUUCAGUGUCUAUUAAAAUAAGGAUCCAUGAGGACUUAAAAAGAACAGUUGACCUGUGUCAGAAAGCUGAAGCAGCUGGAGUUUCAUGGAUUACAGUACAUGGGAGAAGUAUAGAAGAAAGGCAUCAACCUGUACAUUACGAUGCAAUUAAAAUAAUUAAACAAAGCCUGUCUAUACCUGUUGUGGCUAAUGGAGACAUUAAAUCUCUAAAAGAUGCUGAAAAUGUUCAUCACUUGACAGAAGCAGAUGGUAAGAUUAAACAGAUGACUUUCCAGUGGACGGCAGUGGCUGCCUUCCUGUACGGCGAAAUCGGAGUAAUUCUCGUGCUCUGCCUGCCGUUCAUUUCUCCGCUGAGAUGGCAGAAGAUUUUUAUGUUUCCUCUAUGGAGCAAAAUGGCAGUAUUUUGGAACAAGAUGUUCCUUACAAUAAUAGUUUUGUUGAUCGUCUUGUUUCUUGAUGCUGUUAGAGAAGUCAGGAAAUACUCAUCUGUUCAUGUGAAUGAAAAGGCUGCAAAUGUCAACAGCAGUGCCUUUGAUCAUAUUCAGAUGAAACUCUUUCGGUCGCAAAGAAACCUCUAUCUCUCAGGUUUUUCCUUAUUUCUUUGGCUUGUGUUGAGACGUACUGUUACCCUUCUCACUCAGCUGGCAAAAGAGAUGGCAUCUCAUGCAGCUCUGGAAACACAAGUAAAUGAUGCUACUGAAGCAGCCAAAAAAUACAUGGCCGAGAACGAAAGGCUGCAGGAGGCCUUGAGUGGAAAAGGAGAUGGUAAAAAGAAAGAGUCAACAGAUGCAACUGAGGAAAAGUUGAAGGAGGAAGUUGAACAUUUGAAAGCAGAGCUACAGAAGACCUCAAAUGCUUUCCAUAAGGCAAAAACCGAAGUGGCUGCAGUUAAAAAGCAGUCUGAAGGCCUUAGAAGAGAAUAUGAGCACCUGAUGAAAGAAUUUGAACAGCUUCAGCAAAGUUAUAAUAAAGCAGAAGAUAAGAAAGAGCUGUAAGCACAUCUAAGACAGAUGACAUUGCUCCAGUUGCUUGAAUGAGAAAAGGCUUGUGCUGUUGAUGUUCCUGAUGCAUACCUGAAACAAAACUUGAUUUUUCUGAAAAGCACAUGCAUUGCAGGUCACUAUUCAGAUUCCUCUAAUAUAUUGGUUGCCAAAAUGUUCUGUGUUGCAAAUAAAAUGUUAAGUGGCUUACCGGAUUUACCAUGGAGUUUGUCACUGCUCUCAUGAGGAGAAACUCAAAAAUCUUUCAACUCCACCUGGAGCAACCUGUUUACCAAGCUUUUUCCUCCCAUAAUGGUAACAGAUCACCAUUGCUUGUAGCAUUUCAGUGGGGUUGUAUAUCACACUAGAUCAUAAAAACAAUUACCUAAACCUCCUUGCAGCACCUGUUUGGAAUCUUAAAAAUUCAGUUCCCAGUGGCAUGAAGAAGGCUGAAAACUUUUUUUAUCAGUGGAAAACUGAAUGACAAUCAGUCUAAGGAAAAUAAAGAAAGAAACAUUGCAUUUCUAAAUCCACCUCACUAGCUUGUGACUUUCACUUCUGCCACAUGGAUUUGAGUGUAUUUUAACAAACAAUAUUUUGCAUGCCCAUGGUUUAUUUUUCUUUAGUAUAUUGGGAUAUUUCAGUUUUGGGUUGGCUGGUAUUAGCAGUCUUUAUUUUUACACUGUUUACAUUGGUUUACUCCUUAUGUACCACCUAACUUCUUUAGCCUUGCUAAGUAAAAAUCUUUUUAAAUGUAGAUAGUUUGUUUUGUUUUGUUUUCAUGGAUACGAUACCUCAAAUAAAUGUGCACUGUUUUGCAUAAGACCUUUUUGGUAUUCAGAAAGUUGUUUUGAGCUUAUUUGUUAGUUGGUUCCAGUUUAUAUUUGAAAGUUUGCUAUGUUUGUUAUAUUAAAGGGAUUGUUUAAGUUCA